AUGAAUGAACCAGCAGAUCGACAACCACAACCACCCACAGACGUCCACCUCGUCCUCCUCCUACACGGCUUGUACGGUUCCUCGAACAACCUCUGGUGUCUCGAGGAAGAGAUAUCGCGCGCCCACGCUGCCUCUGACUGCGGGCUCGAGCUCUGCAUCCUCAAUGCCCACAGUUACGGCGGCGCGCUAACAUGGGACGGUAUCGACGUGAAUGCUCAUCGUGUUGCCAAGGAGGUCGACGAUGAGAUUACGGGUUACUCGCUCGGCGGAUUGAUCGCUCGCGCAUUGGUGGGCGAGCUGCACGCCCGCACGCCCUCUUUCUUUACUCUCCAUCGCCCAGCUUCGUUCUGCACCAUCGCAACACCCCACCUCGGCGUCCUACGCUACGGCUCGUGGCGCAGUACAUGGGUACAUGCAGUCGGGCAGCGCCUGUUCAGCCGCACGGGGCAACAGCUCUUCUGUCUCGACCACGACAUUGGCCGACCCCUCCUCGCACAGUUAGCCGAUCCCAACAACAAAUACCUCGGCGCACUCAACGCCUUCCCUCGUAUUGUCAUCAUCGCAAACGCCGUCAACGACUUGACUGUCCCCUAUGCGACGGCUGCUAUAUGUACGCACGAUCCCUUCAUCGACCAUGUCCGUGACUGUCUCUGCGUUGAGCUCGAGGGCAAGACGGUUACGAGGUAUUAUUCGCCCGACCCCGAGGAAGACCAAGUCGAGCUCGAGAUUGCACCCUCACCGCCGAUAACGCCUCCACUCGAAAAGGCGCUCGAUAGGCCAUGGCUCCCGCCAGUGUUCUAUACGAAUUGGCGUGGGCCGCUGCGCUACGCCCUCUUCCCCUUCAUCCCAUUCCUCCUGCCAACAGUACUCACCAUUGUCGCCCUGACCUUUGCAUUCCACUCCUUCCAAUCUGCCCAGCGCAUCCGGCUACACUCGGAGGAGCGGCGCAAGCUGUUAGCGGAAGAUAUCACACCGGCUGAGACGCCCCAAUCGCGACCCACAACUCCCCACCACUCUGACGCAGAGGGUGCGUCGACGCCCCCACUCGCCAGCGCACCCGCGAACCCCUCCCAACCACUCAUAACCCCGCUCCAACAAGAAAUAGUCCGCGCCUUCAACGACCUACCACAACUCGAGCGCAUCGUUGCCUGGUUUCCGGGAGCGUUCAACGCACACGCAGUCAUCAUUGCGCGUAACGCUCGCAAUCCGAGAUGGGCUUUCCAGGGUGAGGGCCGCGAAGUCGUGCAAAAGUGGGCGCGCAAGGUCGUCGCGGCAGUCACGGAGGCGCUUGAGGCCUCUCUCCCUGGAGAAGGAGAUAUCUCGUCACGCGAACACGUCACGCCAACUAUAGAUAUGUAA